AUGGCAGUAAAACAAGGGAAGCGUGGAGGAGCCAGGAAGCCUCAUGGUGGCGGCAAAAAGAAGGGCCAGCCCAGUCAACAGGAGCGUCGUAAAGUUGUGAAGCAGCAACAUAAACAGCAGUUGAUGACCGUCCUUAAAAGCAAGGUCAAAGAUGAGCUGGAAAAGUUAUCGACGUUGGAUAAGCCAGUACAAAGCCCAACCAACUCGGAAAGCAGUUUUGGAUCGGCACCUUUGCGCAAGGCUUUUCCCAAAAAGAGGGUUUCCUUUGCAAACAAAGUGCAAAGUAAAGAGUUUCACAUCAGCGACUUAAUCAACACUUCGACAUCAGAGGCUUCCCCAGGAAGAAGUAUUUUGACACCAAAAAGAGGAGCAAAAUUGAGUCUACCGAAGAAGGAGCUUGUUGUUGAAAAGCACGUCGAAGAAACAGUAAAGGUGGUGGAAAAGAAACCCGAACUAGUGGAAGAAAAGCCGUCAAAACUCGCCGGAAAGUCUCAACCUACAACAUUUGGAAACAGAGUUGUGAAGAAGAAAGAGGCGGUUAAGGUGACGAAAAAAGUGAAAGAACAACUGCUGUUGAUGCCUCGCAAAGAACGCAAAGCCUUCCUCGUCGAACUUCGAAAGAAACAAAAGCCAAAUUUUACACUUGCUGCUGAAUGCAAAACGUUGUGGGAACAAGCACGGAUGGGAAAGACGCCUCAAGCUAAAAAGGAUGAGCUCAUUAAGGAUCUGGUCGGGAAAGUCAAGGGACAUGCCAAGGAGUUAAUCUACGCCCAUGAUAUGUCACGAGUGUUUCAAUUUUUGCUGAAACUUGAGCGUGAAGGCAUUACAUCGAUGCUUUUUGAUGAGUUAAACGCAGAAAUUAUUCGAAUGUCAAAGAGUAUGUACGCUCGGCAUUUUGUACGCAGAAUGCUCAAAUAUGGGACAAAGCUACAAAAACAGAUCAUUAUUGAAGCCUUCAAGGGACACGCAGUUUCUAUGCUUGCAAAUAUCUACUCAGCAGACAUCUUGGAAUCCGUAUACAAUGAAUAUGCGGACGCUCAGCAACGUUUUAAUAUAAUCACCGAGUUCUACGGACAGGAAUUUGUCGUCUUUAGGAUCGACACCAUCAAAACAUUGGAUGAGAUUCUUGCCGAUGAACCGGGGAAACGACAAAUGAUUAUGAAACAUCUCGAAGAAAUUCUGCUUGAGAAGUGUACAAACAAAGUCACACUUCGGCAUUCACUUGUCCACAAGCUCUUGUUUGAUCUUCUUGAGCACGGAGAUAAAGAGCAAAAGUCUAAUCUUUUGGAUUCAAUCAAAGAUAAGAUUCCGGAGAUCGUUCAUACUCCAUACGGGGCUCGAGUGGCGAUGCGUUGUGUAUGGCUUGCUGAUGCAAAGGACCGAAAACUUAUCGUCAAGAAUUUUAAGGACUUGUCGGAAAAGGCGGCUAUGGAAAAGAAUGGGCAAAGAGUGUUGUGGGCAAUUUUCGAUCAGGUUGAUGACACCGUUCUCAUCAACAAAUUUAUAACAUCGGAAAUUGCGAACAAUGUUGGAAAGCUGUUGGAAGAUCGUUGGGGAUGUCUGUGCUUGGAAUACAUGGUACAUCCACGUGAUGGUCGAUCAAUGGAUUACAAUGUCAUAAAGGAACUUGAGCUUGGCGAUAAAAAUACAGUCUCUAAGAAGGACAAGAAGGAUAGGUAUUCGGAGAUUUUCUUGCAUUUGAUCGAGCCACUCUUGACAUAUUUUGCCGCAAACAUGCGAAGUGCAUUGAUGGGUGACAUGUCGGCCCUCACUUCUCACGUUCUUCACAAAGCUUUGGAGCUACAGAUUGGUCGCGACUUUUUUGAGAGAAAAGUCGACUCUCAGCUCCGGAUCAACUGCUACGAAGCGAUCGCAGAUGUGGCGGCUGUUGACUUCAUUCCUAUGGACCCGAAUGGAUAUCAUCUAAUUGAGUCUCGUGCUGGUGGAUGGGUGACUGGACAGCUUCUACGACAAGACUCAAAACUUCCAGAAGAGGAACGUUUGGCUGUGCAAAUUGUCAAGCGAGUUCCCGAGGAAUUCCUUGCCAAUUGGGUUGGCUGCAAUAAGGGGUGUUUUGCUCUUUUGCGUAUGUGGGAGAACGGUGGAGUGGCUGUACAGACACAUAUCAAGAAAAUUGUGGAUGUUGACAGACUUGAUAAAUAUUCAAUGGUUGGUGCUCGUCUCCUUAAAGAAGCGGUUACCGGAAUCAAAUCUGCCCCUCGACCUAAAGCUUCCGAUGCAGACAAUGCUGAACUUUCUGGAAGCGAGACUGAAAGUGCUGGAGAGAACGAACUACGUGAUGAAGACGAUCAAAGCGAAGAGGAGAUGGAUUUCGACGAA